AUGGAUCAUCCAUGGAGACGAAACAAAAGCACAUUUGACGGCAACGUAGAACUAGAAUGUGCCCCUGAUGUGCCAAGUAGAGAUGAAGUCAUAAGCCAAUUAGAAGGGAUGGUGUUUGGGGAUGAGAACGCCGGUCAGGCAAGGGAGGCUGAGAAAAAAGAAAGAAAAAAGCAGAAGACGAAUAAUGGCCAUGUAGUGUGGAAGAAGAAAAAUCACCAGCCACCAAAAGCGGAGACAUCAACGGAAUCAACAAAUAACAAAAACAGUGGAGUGUUUAAAGAUGUCACAACCAUUGGAGAGAAUGGAGCUCAAACAAUUCCAGUUGAAAGAGAUGAAGGAGCUUGGAGGGAUCACUUAUUCCCACCUAAUUACGUCACCUGUUUUGAAUUUGUCAAGCUUGCAUGCAAGGCACUCCUGGUCGUUCUUGGACAAGGAUCUACCAAGAUAAGAAAGAUACAGGAUAAGAAAGAGAAGCACACGUGGUCCGUUCAGAUCAUGAAUGAACUUCUUCAACGUGUUUCCUCGUAUGAAGAUCAUGUUAACACUGGGACGACCCCUGCGCCAGAAGUGACAUCGCCAACAGAGGGCGAGACACGGCCUUAUACUAUUGCUGAAGGCAGCGUCACCAACAGCCCCACUUUCUGGAAAGAGCAGGAGCCAAAUACACAGAAAGACAAGAGCAAGGAAAGUGAGGGUGAAGAUAAGACUGGAGAAGGUAUAAACAAACCCCCUGGAGGGGCAAAGAACGAGACUACCAUAUUAAUUACAGCUAAAAGUGGUGUCACCAAAAUUGCGAAGAGCAUCCUGGAACAUUUUCCGGUUGCCAUACAGGACAUGAAUGCAGACAAGAAGAGUCUAACGUUGUUGACGGUGCAGAAAAGGCAACCACAUGAACUUUUGAACGGGACGGGAAAAAACCAUGAAAUGAAAAAGAGGGAAACUCCCAUAUUAAUUGCUGCUAAAAACGGAAUCACUGAAAUUGUGGAGAAAAUCCUGGAACGUUUUCCGGUUGCCAUACACGAUAGGAAUGCAGAGAAGAAGAAUAUAGUGUUGUUGGCGGUGGAGAACAGGCAACCGCAUGUAUAUAAACUCCUGCUCAAAAGAAAUAUCUUAAAAGACACAGUGUUUCGAGUGGUAGACAACGAAGGAAACAGUGCCUUGCAUCUGGCGGCAAAGCUUGGAGACUAUAAGCCAUGGCUAAUUCCUGGUGCAGCAUUGCAAAUGCAGUGGGAAAUCAAGUGGUACGAGUUCGUCAAGGACUCCAUGCCCCUCCACUUCUUCACCCGCUACAAUAAGGAGGCCAAGACCCCAAAACAAAUAUUCACCGAAACCCACAAGGACCUCAUCGAAAAAGGCUGCGGAUGGCUAGACAAAACCUCUGAAUCAUGCUCUGUCGUCGCUGCACUCAUUGCCACCGUGGCCUUCGCCACAUCAUCCACAGUCCCUGGAGGAGUCAAGGAGGGGGAGGGCACUCCAACGCUCGAAAACCAGCCCGCAUUCGACAUCUUCGCCAUCUCAUCACUCGUUGCGCUCUGCUUCUCGGUCACCGCCGUGGUCAUGUUCCUCGCCAUCUUAACAUCACGAUACCAAGAGAGAGAUUUUGGGAGGGACUUGCCGACAAAGCUCUUGGUAGGCUUGACGUCGCUGUUCGUUUCCAUAGCGUCAAUGCUCAUCUCCUUCUGUGCGGGACAUUUCUUUGUGCUAAAGGAUAAGCUGCAAUAUGCAGCGUUUCCGUUGUAUGCAGUGACGUGCUUGCCGGUCACGUUUUUUGCUGUGGCGCAGUUUCCGCUCUAUUUUGAUCUUAUAUGGGCUACAUUCAAGAAGGUACCACAACGUAGCUACAAGGCGGUGCCUCUCUAAAGUGUUUAUUCAAUUUGUUUUUUUUUUUCUUUUGUUUUUUGUCCUGUGUUUUUGUGGGGUAACUGUGUUUGCGUUUAACGGAAAAGAAAAGUGUUGUUAUAUGAAAUUAUAUACUAA